GUAAGUCAUUUUGUUUUUAUUUAUUUUUAUGAUGCAUUUAAACUCAUUACCUGUACGACACCAAAACAAAAUCCCCCUUUCUUCUUCGUUCGCGAACAUCACAGAAGCUCACAAGUUUCUAAAGAACACCGAAAUUCGUCUCGCUGUUCGGGUUUUUUUCUCUCUUUUUUCAUGCACGUUAACCAGAUCAACUUGGGUCUCUUGACAAAUCCGCAGACCCCAUCAUCGUUCACGACGGUCGAACUAGGAGUUUACAUUUAAUAAUAGUCGUAAUAUUUGUAAAAACCUCACUCCUCACUAUUCAUCACCUCUACAACCCUUAAAAAAAGAAAACAAUAUUUCUGAAGGCACUCGCCGCCACACGGGCAACAUGUGCGACACGCUCACCGGCUACGAGGCGCGACUCCGCUGCCGUGCAAUUGUCAGCCACAAGGCCACCGUUGAUGCCGCGAAAACGGUCGAGGAGGCGGCAAACAAGCUGAUCGAGAAGGCGCAGCGGCACCUCAGCUUCAACCCUGCGCCGUCCCCCAUUACCCGCCACCCAGAGUACCCCCUGUACGAUGUGUCGUCCAUCCCGGAGUGGCUGAAGGGAAACCCGUUCAUCUUGAGUUAUUACCGCGCCGGCUACUCGACGAAGCAGUGCUUCAAAAGCAUCUUUGCCCUUCACAACGAGACGCUGAACAUUUGGACGCACCUGAUCGGUUUUGUGAUCGUUCUCGCCCUCACCGUGCACAUCUUGGUAAACCUCGAGCUGCACCGCACACGUGACUACCUCGUCUUCUCGGUCUUUCAGCUAGGGAGCAUGGUUAUGCUGGGCGGCUCCUCCAUUUACCACACGCUGAGCGCACAUCGUUGCGAGGAGGUGCACAACCUUGCUCUCGCCUUCGACUACUUCGGAAUUACCGCGAUGAUUGUGGGCAGCUUCUACCCGCCGGUUUUUUAUCUCUUUUCCUGCUCCAACGUGGUGCGUGCCGCCUACCUGGUCGCUAUCACCUUGCUCGGCAUCAUGGGCUUACUGGGGCCAUUCUUUACCUUCUUCAACACGAAAACGUUUUACUGGCCGCGGAUGGUUCUCUAUUCCUCGCUGACGUCGGUUGGCAUCCUCCCGACCGUUCACAUGUUUGUUGGUUUGCCGACCAACGAACAGACGGUGCCGCUCUACGAAGGGAUGUUUCUGAUGCUGACGACCUACUGUGUCGGCAUGAUUAUUUACGUUUUCAAGGUGCCGGAGCGCUGGUACCCGGGGCACUUCGACGUGUGGCUGCACAGCCACCAGCUGUGGCACUUCUUCGUUCUCGGUGCCGCCGUGGUGCACUACUUCACGUGCAUCGGUGUGUUUCAGAUGUGGCGCGUCACGGGCGGGGUUGGCGGCGAAUGCUCGUAG